GAUGGGAGCUUACGUGCACCUCUGCCUUUCAUUUCUUGCCGUGAUAUCUAACUACAACGUCCAAGCCUUCGACAUUCCUGACCUGCGGUACCUCAAAGCCUACAUCAGCGAUGACCCCGACGGCCCCUACCACGAGUUCCUGGACUACUCCCCCGACCUGAGGGACCAGGGCCUCGAUAACUCCAUCAAACGCGUCUGCCUGACUGGAAUAUGGUUCUUAUACUCAGAUUACAACUACAGCGAGGAGUCCACUGAGUUAUGGGGACCGGUUCGAGUCAACGGUUGCCUAGACUUCGAACUCACAUUAUCUACCUCGUCUCUGCGGUACGCGGGCAGCCCCUACCACCUGGACGACUCCUACUACAACCUCUACGAGGGCAUCAACUACUGCGGGCGGGAAUUCAGGGGCAACACCAACGCCGACUCGUUGCUGGAGUUCGACUUGAGGGUGUCUUCUGUGAUCAUCUGUGGACAGUCGCCGUGGACUUUCUUCACUGGCCUGCAGUUCACCGGAGAGGCUGUAUGCUUGUAUCCUGCCAAUAUUGCUACCGGCAACAACAUUUCCCUUCAUUGGAACGGCCUUCCGACGAUGGAGCUACUGGGCUUGCCGGACAACUCGAUCAGGUCGGUGGCCAAGGGCUGCCUCACCGACAACGUCUACCCGAACAACCACCUUCAAGUGGAGCUUGGAGACGCAGUGGAGCUUGGAGACGCAGUGGAGCUUAGGGACGCAGUGAAGCUUGGAGACGCAGUGGAGCUUGAAGAUGCAGUGGAGCUUGAAAAUGCAGUGAAGCUUGGAGACGCCGUGGAGAUUGGAGACGCAGUGGAGCACUGAAAUGCAGUGGAAUAUGGACCUGCAGUGGUGCACGUUUAACAAGUGGUAGUCGUCACUUUCAACCCACUAAAUCGUUCAACAGUUAUAGACGUAUGUUCGAAAUGAUCUCACAGAAUUUUGCGCUUAGCUUAUGGUGUAACCACAACUUCAGUCUCAAUAUUCACUACUGCAAAUUAUACCGUUACAAUGCAAAGGUGUCAAGAAAUCUUUGGACAAUAUAAUAUUAAUAUAUUAUUAAUACUUUCGAGUGACGACAGCUUCCUCCAUGCAUUAUUCGUCCAGGUGUAGCUCGGUCCCGUGAGCCAAGUGAAUGAAACAAAUGCUUCUUGCGUCUCGUCAAUGGAAAUUUCUGGCAACGUGAAUACCAACACUGGACUAAGUCCCGGUUAAAAACCAAUAUUAAAAGGCUUAAGGUGAAACCAGAGGACAAGCUUGAGACCUAAUUCAAGACUAUCGCCGACACUCGUUUUACAUCAACGGCACACACGAUACAAACCUAGAUUUUGCUUAUUGUCUAAGGUCACGAUUAACUCAUUCGAAUGCAGAAAUAAAAUAGAUACAAAAUCAUUUAUUAAUACCAAACUGUAUUAUUACUAGGCUGACUCAACAAAAUCAAAUGGUGGUUCAAUCAAUGGUUCUUUUCGUGAAUGAUGCGAAUUUGCAUGAACACGGAAAAAAACUCGCAUGACAUUUUCAUGCUGUGCUUCUAUAGCGAUCAGAUCCUAGUGUCUGCACUGGGCUUGGUAUAAGAUGUAGCAAUAGUAAUAUCUUGAUCUUUGCAUAUCCCUGAUGACGGGUUUGAUCAAAACUUGAAGAAAUUUGCAUGAAAUGGGCAUAUAAAAGAGCCCGAUAAUCCUGUGGAUUUUCGGGGGUCUUUAUUAUUAUAAGGCCCAAAUACAAUAAUAAAGUCAAGAUAAUUUGUGUAAAAUAUGGAGCCUUGAUUCAAGGAUCUUUCAAAAAAAAUCAAAAUAUAACUGAGUAACUAUCAGCAUCCUCCAUCGGUACAAGACAAUCCCAGAAGGAAGUCCUUCUAUUCAACCAUACGAGAUAUCGUGCAUGCAAGGCGUUCUUGAUAGGUUGUCCUAUUUGUUAUCAUAUGAGAAUUCCAAAAUGGUUGUCCGACCAGUAAAAUUUCCAGAAAAUGUUACAAUGAAAGUAUAAAUAAGAAUAAGUCAUUUUUGUGAGGCGAUUGUAUAUGUAUCGGUGGAUCGUCGACUGUAAGCAACAUAUUCCUGCACCCACUGAUGCAACCACCAAAUCAGGCGCUGCGAGAAGAACCGGCGUUAACCAGCAGCACCUGUUUACUCGACGAUAUCAGCAAACAUCAGAUUCUUAUACCUCAGCAGACAUAUGAUAUAAGUUUAAAUUUGCGUUCGAACAGUUAAGAACUGUGUCGUUCUCACGCAUGUUGAGACAUUUACUAUUUGGAGAAGAUCGUAUCGACAGAAUAUUUUUUAUCCUAAUUUUUCAGUUAUCUCUGGUUCCUCUGCUCAUUUCUUGUUGGCUGAGAGAUUGGUUCUUCUAAAAGGUCCUUGUUCAUUGUUAUGAUAUUUUAGGUUGCAAAUUCUUUACUACUUGCAUCUAGACCACGAAGAUUAAGCGUUACUAGGUCUGACGUGUGUAUAAAACUUUGGUAGCCGCAAGGUUAGCUGCUUGAUCACGAGUGAUUCACGACUGACCUACCGCUAACGGAACUUCUGUUUUACUAUUUUGACUCCGACAUCACGGUAAGUCGAAGUGAUAAAAUUCAUACAAUGUUUCAUAGUGUGAAAUUGGUGAAUAAAAUAUUAUUUUUUUCUUGUUAAGGGAUUUAUUAUGUGUUCUGUUUAUUGGAUCACACACUUGAUUUUUUGAAAGUCCCAGCUCUAGGUGGAAGUUCCAUAAAAUCUUUUGUUAGUUAUCCUGUCCCAUUCUGGGAAUUCUGUUAUUUUCCUACCUUCAUGCGUACGAUCUGAUUCUUUUAUUGUUUGCCGUUUAUCUUCAA